CAAAGAAGGCAGUAAACAGUAAGCGGUAAGCAGCAAAAACAAAACGAACAACAUGCCCUAUGAAACCAUGCAUCAUCAGACGUCAGCACCGAACGGCAUGUUGGACUCGUUAAGUUUACAAUUGCGAGAUGCGGAAACGCGUCGAGCUGAAAUUGAACGAGCACAUCAGGAAACUUUGGCACAAAUACGUAGUUUAAGUGGCAACGUUGGCCGUGCAGAUAGCGAAGCAAUUGAAAAUCUCCAAUCACGGGCUCGUGAAUUAGAAAAAAAGGCCGCCUUGGAAAAUGUACGCUGCGAGGAAUUGCAUAUCGAAUUAUCGGCUGCUAUGAAAGCUAAAGCAGGCCGUUCUGCUGCGGCGGCUGCUGCUUCCUCGGCAGCGGCGGCAGCAGCAGCAUCUAGUAUUACUGCCACAACAGGCACCAGUUCAACGGUUACGUGGGCGCCGUCAGUUACUCAUCAGGAUCAGGGUUCAGAAAUUGAUAUAAUAAUGGCUAAAAUUGAACAGGAUAAUCGAGUGUUGGCUGAGUUAGAAAUUCCUCGGACAUCGGCAUCAGGUUUUUCUAGCAUGCCAGCCAGUUCCAUGUAUACGACGGGAAAUUGUGAAUUUAAAACCAUAUCAAAAACUGAACUUGAAGAGGAACUAAAUCGUUAUAAACGAGCUGUACUAGGUGGUACCAGUAGUGGUACAUCCGGUACUAUGGCUGGGGUCAGUUGUACUCUUAGUGGUUACUCGUCAGCUUUAACUUCGACCCUACCAAAUGGCGGUAUAGGUAGUGGUACUGGUGCUGGUGGCGGUGGAGGGGGUACGGUUUCAGGCCUGUCAAGUACUGCUGGAGGUUUGGCAGGCCCAACAGGUCUAUCUACUAUGUCGGCCUUAGUGCCGAAUUCUAUGAGUGGUAUCUCAUCGUCAUUAAGUAGUCAUGCCUUACAAACAUUAAAUGCAGCCGCUACUUAUGGUACAGCUGGCAGUAGUGGUGUUGUACCUUCAUCGGUUGAUAAACUUUUAAGCGGAACAAGUGGAAUCACUGGCAUUCCGCCAAUGCCGGUAAAUAUUCAUACGAUGAAGUCUAUGCCGUCAGCAUUAAGUCAGCGUGGCACAAUGCCGUUGUACAAUUUGCAGAGCACAACCAUGCCUAUACUCUCGCUGAACUCGCAUAAUAUACCAACCGGCGCUAGCAGUUAUUCAGCACUUGGUUUAAGCGGUACGGCCACUGGUGCAAGUGGUGUACCACCACUGGGCUCUUCGCUCACCCAUCCCACCCUAGGCAACGUAUUAGACACUGGUACCAUGUUGGGCACUACGACUGGUCUGUCCGGUCUGGGGGCCGGCUUGGCAGGUACAUCAUCUUUGUAUGGUUUAGGCGCGGGAGUUGGAGGCAUGGGCGGUGGCCUACCAAAUGCCUAUGGACCACCGCCCACAUUUAUUGACGUAGGCUCUGCUGCUUCAUAUCCGUUUACUUCGUCCGCUUUACGCACUGCUAAUAAAAUGAAAAUGUUGGACGAAAUAGACAUUCCUUUAACGCGCUACGGUAAUCGUAGCUCACCUUGCUCACCGAUACCUCCCAGCACUUGGGGUCUAGAUGAAUUCACAGACAGCAUCAGUGCCUCUAUGCUGCAUAAUCGUUGCGGUCUGGCUCUAGGUGCUCUCGAUCUGGAAACUCGCAAUCAUCCUUUAAAUGGAGCCAGUGAACCUCAAGUGGAUAUGCUCGACAUACCGGGGAAAGGGCGUUGUUGUGUUUUCAUAGCGCGUUUUCCCUAUGAUCCACCAGAAGACGCUGAGGGCGAACUUUCAUUAUGUGCAGGCGAUUACUUGCUCGUAUGGACAAGCGCUGAACCCCAAGGUGGUUAUUUAGAUGCCGAAUUAUUAGAUGGUAGACGAGGUUUGGUACCUGCUUCAUUUGUACAACGUUUGAUAGGGGAUGAUCUUUUGGAAUUUCAUCAAGCUGUACUUUCUACACUUCGAGAUGCGGAAGAUGGUUCCAUGCAAUGUGACUCUACUUCGUUGCCCUCCUUACCGCCACACAAUCCUUUGCUCACUCAUACUCAAGAAGACUUAGCGCGCCUCAGUGAAACGCAUACGGAUUUGGAACACGAUCAAGAUGAUAUCAGUGAUAAUGUGCCAGCUCCUAAACACCUAACGUUAGAAAGACAACUUAAUAAAAGUGUAUUGAUUGGUUGGUCCCCACCGGAACCAUGCGGUUAUAAUCUUAUCGAUAGUUAUCAUGUAUACGUAGAUGGUGUACUUAAAGUUACUAUUAAAGCCAAUGAACGCACACGAGCUCUUAUAGAGGGCGUCGAUUCCAACAGACCCCAUCGCAUUAGUGUACGUAGUAUAACCCAGAACCGUCAAACGUCUCGUGAUGCUGCCUGCACUAUGAUUAUCGGUCGCGAUACCGCUCAUUUGGGUCCAUCCGCUGUUCGAGCUUCGCACAUAACGUGUUCAUCGGCUGUCAUCUCUUGGCUGCCAGCCAAUUCUAAUCAUCAGCAUGUAGUUUGUGUAAAUAAUGUUGAGGUGCGCACUGUUAAGCCUGGUGUUUAUCGGCAUACCAUUACGGGUUUGGCUCCCAGUACUCAAUAUCGUGUUACAGUACGAGCUAAGCAUUUGCGUGCCGCUGGGGGCCAUCAUACACCCGGUCGCCCUCAGGAAGAGGCUCCAGGGGCUUAUGCAGAUUUUCGAACUUUAGCUAAAGGUCUGCCUGAUCCUCCACAGGAUAUCCAACUUGAGGCUGGUCCUCAGGAUGGUACAAUAUUAGUAACGUGGCAACCAGUUAAUCGACCUACUUCUUCUGGGCCCGUAACUGGCUACGCUGUAUAUGCGGAUGGGAAAAAAGUCACUGAUAUUAAUUCACCGACGGGUGAUCAUGCUCUUAUCGAUAUUGGAAAAUUGGGCACGUUCAAUCCGAGAGCUGUAACUAUACGCACCAAAUCACGGGAUUCCCAAUCGGCUGAUAGCGCGCCCAUAUUAAUACCAAAUGCUGUACGUAGUGCUGUGGGUAGGAGGGGACCAAAUCAGAUGGGCAUGGGUCAACAAAUGCCUCAAGGACCGCACGGUCCCAUGGGUAUGCCAGGGCAACAGCAACAACCUCAUAUGAUGGGUCAACAAGAUCCAAAUCAAUAUGAUCCUAAUCAAAUGCAACAACAACAACAACAACAACAGCCGGGCAUGCAACCGCAUGGGCAGCAACAACAAACUCAUCAAGGACAACAGGCCGACGGAAGUUCUGGUCUAUUAGGAGGCCUUCUCGGCGGCCUCUUCUCGAAACCCUCACAGACUCAAGUGACACAGAGUCAAAAUGUCAACGGUUACCCACCGGGCCAACAACAGCGUGGUAUGAUGCAAGGCGGCCGUUUGCCUGGGCCGCAGGGCAUGCAACAGCAACAGCCGCCCCAGCAACAGCAGCAGCAACCGUAUGGACCACAGGGUCCCAUGGGUCCCCAGCAACGUUUCCCUGGUCAAAGAGGUCCAGUACCGCCAGGUCAAAUGCAACCCGGUGCUUCCAUGCAGCAGGGUCUAAUGCAAACUGGUGCCAUGGGGCCACGUGGUCCACUUGGUCAGCAACAGCAACAGCAGCAGCAACAACAACAGCAACAGCAAAUGCAACAGCAUAUGCAACCGGGUCAAAUGAUGACGCCACAGCAGCAACAUCAGCAACAGCAACACCUACAACAGCAACAAAUGGCGGCGGCCGCUCAAAAGAAGCCACGCUACUUUGUUGCCAUGUUCGAUUACGAUCCAAGCACAAUGAGUCCUAAUCCCGAUGGAUGUGACGAAGAACUGCCAUUUCAAGAGGGCGAUACCAUUAAGGUUUACGGUGAUAAAGAUGCUGACGGGUUUUAUUGGGGGGAACUGCGGGGUCGUCGUGGUUAUGUGCCCCAUAAUAUGGUGACCGAAGUUGACGAUGGCACAGGUCAAAUGGGCCAGCUGCCGCCUCAACCAGGCGGAACGGGUCAAGUUAUGCCCGGUCAGGUAGGCACUCAACAGAGUAUGCGUAAUGUCAGUCGUGAUCGUUGGGGUGAUAUAUACGCCAAUAUGCCUGUUAAACGCAUGAUAGCUUUAUAUGAUUAUGAUCCUCAAGAAUUGAGUCCAAAUGUUGAUGCCGAGCAAGUUGAAUUAAGUUUUAAAACUGGUGAAGUAAUACUAGUUUACGGUGAAAUGGACGAAGAUGGUUUCUAUAUGGGCGAAUUGGACGGUGUGCGCGGUUUAGUGCCAUCGAAUUUCUUGGCUGAUGCCCCCGAUCAGUAUGGCAAUCAAAUGAUUCCGGGUGGUGGCCCUGCAGGACGCGGUGGCUUGGCCGGUCAGAGGGGUAGAGGUCAAGGGCCGGGUGCUAGAGGACCUCCACCACCGCCACGUGACAAUAUGAUGCCUGGCAUGGUUGGGCCUCGUGGUCCCCAAGGAAAAAAUGCUCGCCCUGCUUCCCCUACACUGUUAGACACGACGGGCCAUCCUGCCCCCGAUCACCAAACGCAGGGGAUGAUCGGUCGCGUUGGUAAUAUUCUUGGCAUGACACAACAGCAGCAACAGCAACCACAACAGCAACCCUAUGGUCAGCAACAAAUGCAAAUGGGACAGCAGCAACAACAGCAGUUACAACAACAGCAGCAACAAACACAACAAAUGGGUGGCAUGGGGCAAAUGGGACAAAUGGGUCAGCAAGGCAUGAUGGGGCAGCAAACACCGGGCCAAAUGGGUCAAAUGGGCAUGAUGGGUCAACAGCCGCAGCAACAACAAAUGGGUCAGCAGAUGGGUCAACAAAUGGGUAUGAUGGGUCAACAGCAGCAACAGCCGCAACAGCAACCCCAGCCGCCUCCCGUAACAACGCAAUCCUCAGGCGGUUUACUGUCCGGAGCAACUAGCUUACUUUCGGGUGCUACUUCGGCUGCCACCGGUGGUCUAUUUGGUUCGAAACAACCACCGAAAACAGAUCCAAUGCAACCACAAGGCGGUGCGCAGCCAACGCAGCAACAAUCAACCGGCCUGGGGAGUUUAUUUGGCGGCGGGGCCCAGCAACAGCAACAGCAGCAGCAACAACAGCAACAACAACAGCAACCACAAGUGCCACCACAACAACAACAACAACCAGGUCAACAACAACAACAGCCACCACCGCAAAGCCAACCAACCGGCUCCGGACUGCUGGGCGGUCUUAAGGGUAUCGCUGCGGCGGCGCCCGGCGGUGAUGUGCUGUCGAAAGGUAAGGAUCUAUUUGGCAAAUUCGGAUUCGGUUUUGGCAAAUAACCCCAGUCAUAUUAUAGGUCGUUUUAUAUAUAUAUAUAUAUAUACAAAUACACAAAAAUACAAGCAUACACAUUUCACUUACACACACUUACGAACAUAUAUAAAUAUAUAUUAU